AUGAGUUCUAGCAAUUGGCAACGCUGGGGUCAACUCCCUGAUGUGCUGUUGUAUCAUAUUGUUUUGGGUGGAUAUGUUUUCAUGACUGCGAAUGUCUUGUUGGUCAAAUUCAUCAAGCCAUUGAAUUCACUUCUUCUCUAUGGGAAGAACAGAGCUCAGACUACUGGAGACAGCAGCGAAAAUGCCCAAAACUCCAAAAGUAUACUUUCAAAGCUUAUUGAUGAUAUUUUUAAUUUGACGGUGCCAAAAGCAUGGUUUUCCCACUAUUAUGUGCUGUUCUUUGUCUAUUGCACUCUCAUUCAAAUUGUGGACAUCUACAAAGCUGCUCCAGUCACAGAAUUGGCCAGUAAUGAUGUGUUGUACAAAUCCAACAAACUAAUUCAUAUAAUGCUCUGGAUUCAGAGUACGAGACGUACACUUGAAUGCUUCACCUUCACCAAGUUUGCAGCCAAUUCAAAGAUCAACUUCUCUCAUUACAUCGUAGGGAUGGCUUUUUAUGCACUUGUAUCGCUCAAUUCCUACGUCAGUUUGAAGGAGUUGCAUCCUAUCGCCUUCAGUGAAGUUUGGAAAUUAAUAACCACGGCAGAUGUCGCUUUAUUUGCCAUUUUCCUUGCUGCGCUGUUUGAUCAGUUCAGAAACCAUUACCAUUUGGCUACUCUCGUGAAAUACACUAUACCGUAUAAAUUUAAGCUAGUUGCCUCUCCCCAUUACACCGACGAAAUUAUCAUAUAUUCAGUUGUGGCCGCAAUUAGCUGCAAAGAACUGCUUUCGAGCUUCGCUAGCAUCAACUACUUGCUGUGUUUGAUUUUCACAGUAGUCAAUCUUAGUGUCACCUCCGUCGACACAUACAAGUACUACCAGCAGAAAUUUGGAGAUAAGUUCAAGCUCCAAUGGGCUAUUCUUCCAGGAAUAUUGUAG